AGUCAUCUUAAUAAGUCACUUUAAGCAAAUUCAAACCAUUCAUAAUGGAGCCAUUUUUUAGGUUUUUCAUCAAAUUUCAAGGAUAUUUCAUAGGAAUUACUUGCAUCUUCGGAAACAUAAUGUCGAUGAUAGAUGCUCACUUCGUAUUGCACUAUCCUCAUAAAGAUUUUUUCGACUAUCGGUACAUGGGAAAAACUGCACUGUUUUUCAACCUGCUUUGGAUUGCAGUAGGUAUCGCUACGAUUUACGGAGUUUACCAGAAAAUACGUAAGUUUCUGUACCCCCUGGCCAUUCUUUUCACACUGGAUUUGUUCCUGCUAAUCCUGCGAGACAUCGUCGUCAUCUGGAUAGACCAUCCGUGGGCUCACGUGAAUCUGCUUUGGCCGUUUUCAGCUGUGCAAAUUAUUUAUGCCUCCCUGCACGUCAUGACCACCCUGGUAGCGUUGGGGAAGUUGAUCGACCAAGAAACUUCAGCUCAAUCGGGACCGAAUUUCGUUCGGUUCAAGGUGGACCGGAACCGGAGCGAAGAGUUCGUCACGGAAGACAACGAAGUUUUGGCUGGGUGACUUUGAGGUUUAUCUAAAGCAAUUAUUUUUUUAUUCACACGAGAUUGCUCUAA